AUGAGUAACCACUGUUUCUUCUUCUUCUUUAUUGCUUCCUUUUGCUUUGCCUCCUUUGCUUCUGGAGCCACUCUGGCUCAGGAUGAAGUGGAAGCUCUGGAAGAUAUAGGUAAGACAGUUGGGAAGGUUUGGGAUUUCAGCGUAGAUCCAUGCACUGGAGAAAGAAAUUGGUCAACGAAUGAUAAAAAUAAUGUCACAUGCAACUGUGACGGUCCCAACGGAACCGUCUGCCAUGUCACCCGCAUAAUUUUGAAAGAACAAAAUCUUCCGGGUACGCUCCCGCGGAAUCUAUUCAAGUUGCCUUACCUUCAAGAACUUGAUCUUUCUCGCAACUACCUUAAUGGCACAAUUCCUAAAGAAUGGGGUUCCACAAAACUUGUCACCAUUUCCCUCCUUGCAAAUCGAUUGACAGGUGAAAUACCAACCGAGAUAACAAAUAUAUCCACUCUUUUAGAUUUGAACUUGGAAGCCAAUCAAUUUUCUGGAAUUCUUCCUCUUGAGCUUGGUAAUUUAACCCAAAUUCUAAGAUUGUUACUUAACUCCAAUAAUUUUACUGGAGAACUACCAAUCUCACUGGCCAGACUUUCUAAAUUACUAGAUUUUCGAAUAGGGGACAAUCAAUUUUCUGGGAAGAUACCUGACUUUAUUCAUCAAAAUAUGAAAAAUCUAUCGACAUUGAGGAUUGAAGGGAGUGGAUUAAGUGGGCCAAUUCCUUCUGAAAUUUCACAACUGCAAAACUUAACUGACUUGAGAAUUAGUGAUCUAAGAGGAUCUGAAACUUCAACUUUUCCUCCUCUUGAUAAAAUGAACUUACAGUAUUUGAUUCUGAGAAAUUGUAACAUCAUUGGAGAUUUACCCGAAUUUCUUGGAACAAUGACAAGUUUAAAGGACAACUUAGACCUCAGCUUUAACAAGUUCACUGGACCAAUUCCGGAUGCCUAUGAGACCAGAGCAAGAAAAGUGAAAAACGUUUAUUUAUCCGGAAAUCUUCUGAAUGGAACCGUGCCUUCAUGGAUAGAGCAUGCAAAGCCAAUAGAUAUUUCAUAUAACAACUUAAACAUCACAAGCCAAGAGAGUGCGACUUGUAAUCAAGUAGGAAGGAACUUAUUUGCUAACUCCAUCACGAAUGGCUCAGGAGAAGAUGCUUGCUUGGAAGGUUAUACAUGUUCACAACUGUUAUACAAUCUUCAUAUAAACUGUGGUGGAAAGGAGGUCUUAGUCAAUAAAAGCACAUAUGAUGAUGAUGUAGCUGAUGGAGGUGACGUUAGAUUUCUUUGGAAUAGAAACAGAAAUUGGGCAGUUAGCACUACUGGUAACUUUAUGAAUAAUGACAACGAAGCGGGAAAGCAUUUAGUCUCAAACAAAUCUGUGCUUUCUAUAGAGAAUGUUGAUCUAUACAUGACUGCACGAGCUUCUCCCAUUUCAUUGACUUAUUAUGGAUUUUGCUUGGGAAAUGGAAACUACACAAUAUUUCUGCAUUUUGCUGAAAUUGUGUUCACUGAUGAUCAAACAUUUAGCAGCUUAGGAAGACGAGUGUUUGACAUCUACAUUCAGGGAGAACUAGUGAAGGAGGGCUUCAAUAUUGCAGAAGAAGCCGGAGGUAAUGGUAAGGCAAUCACAAAAACUUUUAGAGCUGUUGUGAGCAGUAAUACCUUGAAGAUACGACUGAAUUGGGCUGGAAAAGGGACAACUGCACUCCCAUAUAAAUCAGUAUAUGGUCCUCUUAUAUCAGCUAUAACUGUGAACUCAGAUAAUCCACCUCCCAUGCCCAGUAGCAUAUCAGUAGGCGUUGUGGUUGGAAUUGUGGUUGCAGUGGUAGUCGUUAUCAUCCUUAUGUUUGGUAGACUUUGGUGGAAAUGCUGCUUAAGGAAGAAAAGUUCCUUAGAAAUCGAGCUAAGAGGUUUGGAACUACGAACAGGUGUAUUCACUUUAAGACAGAUAAAAGUGGCAACAAACAACUUCGCUGAGGAGAAUAAGAUUGGAGAAGGAGGAUUUGGUCCUGUGUACAAGGGAUGUCUAUCUGAUGGGACAUUGAUAGCAGUAAAACUACUCUCUUCUAAAUCAAGACAAGGGAAUCGAGAGUUCUUAAAUGAGAUAGGAAUGAUUUCUGCUUUGCAGCAUCCUCAUCUUGUUAAACUAUAUGGAUGCUGUGUGGAGGGUGAUCAACUCUUAUUGGUAUAUGAAUAUAUGGAAAACAAUAGCCUUGCUCGUGCUUUAUUUGGACCUGAAGAACACCAAAUAAGAUUGGAUUGGGCAACAAGAUACAAGAUAUGUAUUGGUAUUGCUAGAGGUUUGGCAUACCUCCAUGAAGAAUCAAGAUUGAAGGUUGUUCAUAGAGACAUCAAGACCACUAAUGUGUUGCUUGAUAAAGAUCUCAACCCAAAGAUAUCAGACUUUGGUUUGGCCAAACUGGAUGAGGAAGAAAAUACUCAUAUUAGCACCCGAAUAGCUGGAACAUAUGGAUAUAUGGCUCCAGAAUAUGCCAUGCAUGGUUACUUGACCGAUAAAGCGGAUGUCUAUAGCUUUGGAAUUGUUGUGUUGGAAAUUAUAAAUGGAAGGAACAAUAUCAUUCAUCGACAAAACGAAGAAUCAUUCUCAAUUCUUGAUUGGGCACACAUGUUGAAAACAAAAGGUGAUCUAAUGGAGCUAGUGGAUAGGAGAUUGGGGUCAGACUUGAAGAAAGAGGAGGUAUUGGUGGCUAUAAAAGUGGCUCUUUUAUGCACUCAGGUGACUACAACACUUAGGCCAACAAUGUCAUCAGUAGUGAGCAUAUUGGAAGGUAAAAGUGUUGUUGAUGAAGUGGUAACAGAAGCAAGUGAGGUGUUGGAUGAGAAAAGAAUGGAGGCAAUGAGAAAAUAUUACAGUGAGCUAAGUAUAGAAGUGCCAUGGACUGCUUCAUCUACAUCUGCAUCAGAUCUUUAUCCAACACAUCUUGAUUCAUCUUUUUUGGACAAGAGAAAUUAUCUCUAAAGAAAAAAUGUCAAAAAUCACACUUUUUAAAUUUGCAGUACCAACACAACAUUUUAAUAUUUCCUUUUCUAGUUGUGAGUUUGUACACCAAGUUCUGGUUUUUCUUGUAAAUUUCCUUGUAAAA